AUGCAGCGGCAGCGCCCUGCUCACGAGCUUAGAAGACAAGCUGUCUUCAAGGGCAUUUUCCUGGCACUAGCUGCCGCCUUGCUUUUCCAGCGCCUGCGGCUUCUCGCAGCAUCGGGCAGCGCCGGUAGUGAGGGAAUCGAAACAAAUUCGAGCUUCAUUCUGCGACCGGGAGAUGACGGACAGAGACCGCCAGAGCGGCUGGACAGGCCGGACAAGGGCCGCCGGACAGCUGAGGCAGCAGCGUUGUCCGAACCUUUUCACAUCGUGGAGCUGCAGGAGGAAAACCGCCCUUGGCAAGUCCUCCGGCUUCUGGUGCCCCUGUCCCCGGAGGUGGCUUUGUGGUGGAACAACACAGAGGAUUUCGUCAUCAAAGCCACUCAGUGCGAGAAGCCGAUGAGCAGUGGAGGUCUCAACGACACUCGAGUGGAGUGCUUGCACCUGGAGGUGAGGAAUAACCGGUCCUUCAGCUACCACGGCCGAAAUGUGCAAGCCAUCGAGACUGAACUCGUGCUUCCAAAGAGCACCAUCGUGAAGGAUUGCAGAUUUGCAUGGGUGCCGGUCCGUGAAGAUCUUCCCGACGUUGGCGGGACCUUAUUGCGGGCUCUUCACCUCUCCUGCCCUGUCUCUCCAAACAGCUUGGAGGGAGGUGGUUUGCCAGGGAUGGUUGCGUUGUUCUUCUUCGGGUGGCUGUUGCUGCCGUGGCCGUUGUUGCUCCUGCCGACGACCAUCAUGUACACGGCGGCUCAGCCCAUCCUUUUGGGCCUAGCCCUUGGCAUGGCGAGCCUGACGCGAUGCCUCAGACGCCGGAGGAGGCUUUGGCGGCUCAGCAGCGUGGGCCGAAGGAUGGUGCCGGUCGAGGCUGCCUAUGGCGAGGGCGAACCCUGCUGCAUUUGCUUCGGUGCCGUAGAUGAGGCGAGCAUUUGCCUGCUUCCAUGCCGGCACACUUUGCACAAGAGCUGCUAUCGAAGUUGGGUCGGUGCGGAUUCGUACCCAUCGAGAGAUUUGAUUUGUCCCAUUUGUCGCCGAAAGGUGACAGGUGUAGGAAAGUUAGUUUAA